AUGGCUCAGAGAAACUUCAUUGUAACAAUGCACUACAAUGGUUAUAUCAUCAACGAUCUAACUAACGGUUUCUCAUUUAGCAAUACCGAAACAAUACGUUUCAAAGUACAUUGCAUGUCCGAUUUUAUGCAUUUGAAGGAACACAUUGAAACAAAAUUGCAACUUUUCGUAAUUGAAAUUAUAUAUCUACUUCCAUUAUUUAAAGGAGACAACGACAACAUUUUUUACAUCAUGAAAAAAAUUGAGGAUGACGAUGCAGUCAAUGUGAUGUUCGAAUGUCACAAUUCCUUUGCUCCUCUAGACUCGCUGGAGUCAUAUGUUCGCAUUGUUGGUGCUGACCUUAAUCAAACACAAGAGUCUCAUUCUCAUAAAUAUGGUUUGAGUCAACCCACUAAUGAAGAGCCAACACAAAACAACGAACCAUUCAUACCCAAUGAAGAGGUGGAUGAAUACAAUGAUGAUGAAAUACAUGAAGUGCGACAUGUAGAUGAUAAUGAUGAAUAUAUCGUUAUGCCUUCACAAAAUACAAAUGCACAACCGAUAAGUAUGUAUGCCCUGCCGGCGCACAUGCGAAAUAUCUGUUUAGAGGAGUCACAACCUGAAUCAAAAUUUGGUUCAUACAAAGGAAACUGUAACGCUGAUGAUUUAUAUAAUGGAAUGGAGUUUGAAGACAAGAAGGCGUGCUUUGCUGCUUUACAACAUUGGCAUAUCACAAACAAUGUUGACUAUUCGGUGUAUAAAUUUGACAACAAAAGGUACGUGAUCAAAUGUAGGGAUCCAGAUUAUCCAUUCAAAUGUAGAGCUUCAAUUAGCAAGAAGAACUCAAAGUGGACGAUCGGUAAGCUUCGUGUACCACAUGUCUACAGAACUACUUCAAUGCCACAAGACCAUAGACAACUUACAUAG